GUAGCUUACGAGGCAUCUCGCACGAUGAGAGUUCUGAUAUUGUCUGCCGCCAUCCUUGCUUGCGCGACUGCCGCGCCUUCUGGUGCUAUUUGUUCGCCAGUUGUACCUUUAGCUUAUUCUGCCGUAGCUAUUCCAGCUGCUGUGCCCACUAUCCCCCCAGGUGAUUUGCAAGCUGCCGCCAUCGAUGCACAGGUGCAGGUGCAGGACCUUACAAGAGCCGCAGCCGAUCAAGCGAGAGAAUUAGCUGAACAAGCAGUUGAAAAACAAGAUGAAGGCAUCAAUGAAGCCAACGACUUAAUGAGAGAAAGGGCUGAAGAAAAUUUCUGGGCAGCUGAAGAGCAGAAAUGGCAAGCUUUGGAUGCUCUGAAAACCGCCGAAGCCCAAGUUGAUGGAUCUAUCGCCAGCGCAGCGGGUGCGGUUGCUAAGGCGUCGUACACUUUACCCGCCGCUAUUGUUGCCCAACCAGUUGCCCAAAGCGCCGCUGUAGUGGCAGAGACAAAGAGCGCAGCCCCUGAAGCGGUUAAGGCGGAAGAAACAAAAGAAAAAGUUGAAAGCGAUGCUUCAGCUGCGGUCAAAUCUGCGGUUGCUGAAAGCAAACCUGUUGAAAAUGUAGAGAAAUCUGAAGAUUCUGUUCAGGUUGAAGCAGCGAAAAUUGAAACUGCCGCAGCAGUAAAAGCUUCGGAAGCGAUCAACGAAGCAAACACUGCAUUUGCUACCUUAACUCAAACGCACCCAUCGCCCGUUAUCUCUGCUGCCUUUGUGGCCCAGCCUUGGCUGAAUCCCGGCAUUGCGCCAAUCUCCUAUGUUCCCGGUUUGAAAUCAUACGUGCCUUCACUCAUUACUAACUACAACGCCCAGCUCUUGAACCCAGGUUACUACAAAGCCGUGUGGUAACAAUAAUUCAUUUAGAGUUCAGCAAAAAAUCGUUGCUAAACAAAUAAAUUAUAAGCGAGGGUGAGUUAAAUUUUCUUUUUAAAAAAAAAGUGUUGAUUUUAUAUAAGGACAUUGAAUUCCGGCCGCCUUCUUCCAAAAAGUGCCCCAUUUUCGUCUUUGCUAGUCAUGUGCUAAAUUUUGUUCCUGUCAAAUUUGAUAACAUCAUAUCAAAUAAAAAUCGGUAAAAUACGA